CAUUUUGUUGCAAUUCAGACGGAGUCGGGAGAGUGAGAGAGAGAAAAGUGGCGUCCUACGGCCACUUUUAACACCACAUAAGCUUCGAAAGUGACGGACUUGUGGGGGAAAUAUAGCUCUGCUGUGCUUCCUACAUAGUCCGCCGAGGGAUUUCACUAAAUUUUUUUUCUUUCUGACGAAGGGCUUCAUCAACCAAGCCUGAAGAAGUCGGUACUCGACUUCUUGGAGCAUCGUGUGCCGAGGUGAGUUGAUGUUCAGCUCGGCUCCACAGCAAAACAACGCUCAUUGGCACAUGAAAACCUUAGACCUUGCUGGACAAAAAAGUGCAGUGAGAAGUAGACUGAGAACUACUUCGAGGACCUGGGGCCCGAUUGGCGGUGAAAGAUUGAAGAGAGAGCUCUGCUUCGUCGACUUUCUAACAACAAAGAGGUGACACGUAGUGCUGAAGCAUUAUGGGAGGCGGAGAGAGGUACAACAUUCCAGUUUCCCACCCGGAGCGCCCGUUCCCCAAGAAGAACCACCAGCUUGGUCGGGCUAAGCAGAGAAGCCGUGAUCAGAACGGGGCAGCAGCAUCUGCAGGAGGGGUAGGGGGUCUUCACCACCAUGGCCACCGCCGGAGCGAGAAAGGCGCAGCCUACCACAGGUCUCCAGAGGCGCGGCAGGCCGUGUCUGCAGACAAGAAUGCUUCUGCCCGCUUUGCCACCAACUAUGAUCAGAACUGGGAGGGUGCUGUGUCUCACCUCAAUACGCUCCUGGCCACCCAGGGAAGUCCGAGCUACGCAGGGCCCAAGUUCAGCGAGCCACCCUCACCCAGCGUGUUGCCCAAACCCCCCAGCCACUGGGUGUCCUUCCCAAUGGGCUCCUGCGACAACAGGGAGAUGAUGGCCUUCCAGCUCAAGAGCCUCCUAAAGGUGCAGGCCUGAGAGGGAUACUCACAUCUGAUGAUAACAAAAAAAAAAAAGCCAAUGAACUGGGAUUCUCUUGAGGGCACCCACCCACCAGGAACACCUCAGUGCUGUAAUUCUUUUAGAUGUUUUUAGAUUGACCCCUUAGUGUGAAGUGUGAGGCACUUGCAGCAGUGUUUGCUGUGAAUGUUUAUUUUAACACACUUUUUUUAAACAAACCAAUAUUUCAAGAUAUUACAGCCCCUGAGCCUUGCUGGUCGGUGAUGCUUUUAUUGGAGUCAGUUUCUAUGACUAUUGACAAACUGGAUAUCCUUUAUACUUGUUUUGUUCUUUUUAAUGUUGGCUGUCAAAGCAGAUUGAGUGCUUUUUUUUCCUCUACCAAACAAGGGUUAUAGUAUAGGUCAGGUAAAUUC